AUGUCCGCGCCACAACUCAGCGAGGCUUACGGCAAGCGGCUUAUUCCGCAUGUCAUUGACGAUGUCGCGAACAUCGACCCAAUGCGCGAAUGCUUUUCCAUACCCUUGUCGUCCAAUCCACAGGACGGCUGGAGAUGGAUCUCAUAUGGCCAAUAUGCCACGGCCAUCGACCGUCUCGCUCAUCACCUCGUGAAGACGUCUGGCAUACCCCAGCCGAAGAGCUUCCCAACAGUGGCUUAUAUUGGGGCCAAUGACGCCGCGUACCUUAUCUUCGUUAUUGCUGCCAUUAAAGCAGGCUACAAGGCCCUAUUUGUGUCGCCUCGGAACUCGGAGGCUGCGCAGCUCAACCUUUUCAAUCUCACUGACUGCGACAUACUUUACCACGACGCAACGUUCCAAGAUCCAGUGAAGCCCUGGUUGGCGAAGCGAAGCAGUCUGAAAGCAAACCUGCUCGCGCCGCUGGACUUUUGGCUGGCAGAGGAUCCCGUAGCUGAGCCAUUCCCCUACCUAAAGGUCGCAGAGGAAGCUGAGUGGGAACCAUUUGUUGUCCUGCAUACGAGUGGGAGCACGGGAUUGCCGAAGCCCAUUGUAGUUCGGAAUGGUUUGAUCAUGCUGAAUGAUAGGCUGCACCUCCUCCCGUCGUGGAACGGAACGGAGUCCGCCGUGCGCGGUCUGGUUCGUUCCAAGAGAAACUUGACUCCAAUGCCCUUCUUCCAUUCCAGUGGCCUGUAUACAUUCUUUGGCUUCCACGUUUACCGGGCCAAGCCGGUCACGUUCGCCAUUACUAACAGGCCAUUCACGGCCGCUUUCAUUCUUGAGCAGUUGGCACACGCUGGUGCUGAUAUUGACUCCAUUUCACUGCCCCCUUCUGUUUUGGAAGAGCUUAGUGUCACUGAAAAUGGCUGUGAGGCACUCAGCAAGUUGAAGUUCGUAGCCUUUGGAGGUGGGAACCUUAGUGAUGCCGCUGGCAAGAAGCUGCUUGACCGGGGCGUCGUGCUCCAAAACUCCUUCGGAUCCACCGAAUGCGGCUUGUUACCAUACUAUUGGCAGGCAAACCCUGACGCAUGGCAAUGGCUUCUCAUAAACCCGGACGUGCUCGGUGCGGAAUGGCGAUCAGUCGCUGGCGAAGAUGACGUGUUCGAGCUUGUUAUCAUCCGCAAAGACCCCAUUUCUAGCAUCCAGGGCGUGUUUUACACCUACCCAGAUCUAGAUGAGUGGUCCUCCAAGGACUUGUUCAAGAAACACCCGACGUUGCCGGACCACUGGAAAUACCACGGGAGGUGCGAUGACUUGAUUGUCCUUUCAAACGGGGAAAAGCUCAACCCGAUGACGAUGGAGAACGCUCUGAACGGACAUCCGAAAGUCAGAACCGCCAUUGUGGUGGGCACAAUGAGGUUUCAACCUGCCCUACUUGUCGAACCCGUGCGGCAUUCAAACAGCACUGAGGAGGCCGAAGAUCUGCUGGAGGAGCUAUGGCCUCUUAUUGCCAAAACCAACAGCGAGAUGGCGGCGCAUGCCCAGAUAAGUAGGCAGCUCAUCUUGCUCACCAAGGCCGAAAAGCCUUUUCUCAGGCUGGCUAAAGACACUGUUCAUCGAGUUCCUUCCAUCAAGCUGUACGAGUCAGAGGUGGAAAAUCUUUUCCAAAAAGCAGACGCUGGAUGGAAAGACGCUCGAUGCAACCUGGAUCUUACCUCGGAAGAAACCCUCUUGCAGUCUGUAUGCCGUCUUUUCCAGACGCUUACUUAUACGACUACCAUUGAGGCAGAUACAGACUUUUUCUCGGCGGGCAUAGACUCCCUUCAGGUUGUCAACGCAUGUCGUUUGCUCCGCGGUGCCCUUCAGGGAAAGAGCGACAGUAUUGAUUUGAAAGGGAUCGCGCCGCGUAUGAUUUACUCGAAACCGUCGUCUCGAAAUCUCACCCAAGAAAUCUGGGGACAACAUGUCGGCUCACUGGAACCAGUAGAUGCGGACGUUGAAGCGUCUCGUGCCAUGUCUUCCUUGCUGGCCAAGUACACCCAAACCCUACCCAACAAGCCUGAGACUGAAAGAUCACCAGCACGAGACUCGCAACAGGUCGUCAUUCUCUCCGGAAGCACGGGAAGGCUUGGCGCCUACCUGCUCGACUUCCUCGUCACGAACCCAGCGGUACAAAAGGUGGUUUGUUUCAACCGCGCACAAGAUGGCCGGACCCGUCAGCUACGCCUCAACGCGGAACGCGGGCUAAAGACCGACCUUAGCAAGGCCGAGUUCCUCCAAGCAAACUUCACCCAACCUGACUUUGGGCUGGGCACCGAGACAUACGCGCGGCUGCUUGCCGACGCGGACCGUGUCAUCCACACCCAGUGGCCCGUCAACUUCAACCUCACACUCGAGUCCUUUGAGCCGCAUAUCCAGGGCAUACGGCACUUGAUAGAUUUCUGCCUCCAGGCAUCCAGAAACGUGCAUCUCGUGCUCGUAUCCACGGUGCUGGCCGCCACGAGCUGGGACGGCUCCAAAGCCGCCCCCGCGUCAGCUGUGCCUGCGGGUCAGUACGCACAAGGUAAACUUGUCGCGGAUCUUAUUCUCGAAACGGCAACAAAGCGCAGUGGGAUAUCCGCCGCCGUCGUGCGAGUCGGACAAAUCGCUGGUCCCGAGGACGCGGCGGGCGUGUGGAAUCCUGACGAGUGGCUGCCGCGCCUCGUCGCCUCAUCCGUUCGAACUCUGGGUGUGCUACCGCGUGAUCUGGGUGUCAUGAGCACAGUCAACUGGGUUACCUCACAGGGCGCGGCUCGGCUGGUGCUCGAGGUAGCCGGUGUAGCAGCAGGCUCGCGGGCACCGGACCCUUCCAGCGGAUACUACUACGGCGUAAACCCGCACCCCAGGCAUUUCUCAACACUGAGUGAGGCAAUCAAAGGGUUCUAUGGCGGUCGCAUUCAAUCGUUGGUCAGUUGGGAGGAUUGGGUGGUAGCCUUGGAGCGGAGCGAUAAGGUGGGAAAUGACGUGGCGCGGAACCCGGCCCUGCAACUGUUGGAUUUCUUUAAGGGCACGCCAGGCGAAGAGGCCACGAGAGAUAUUCGAUUCCACUUCUCCCUGGAAAAGACGCUCAAGGCUAGUCAGAGCACGAGGGAGAUGCAGCCUGUCACCCCUGAGCUGAUGGUUCAGUGGUGCCAGCAGUGGGCCUUUUAG